CGGGAACGCGUACAGUUACAGAUCUCUGCUUUGCUUCCCUCCACUCUUCCCCAAACCUCCCCUAUAUACUUCACCAUUACUUCUCUAUUAUUCUCUCUCUCUCUCUCUCUCUCUCUCUCUCUCUCUUUGAGAUCUGAGUUUUCUUUUUCUUUCUCUGGUUCCGUCCAAGCUUCACUUGCGAGGGUUUUGAUUCAGAGAUUAGAACCUCUGAAUGCUAGAGGUUGCAGAUAUGGUUCCUCCUAUAGACACUCCAAGCAAAACUAUUGUUUCUCAACAGUCCUCACAUCCACCUCUUAAUGAGAGGAUACUUUCAUCAAUGACUAGGAGAUCUGUUGCUGCUCACCCCUGGCAUGAUCUAGAGAUAGGACCUGGAGCUCCAAAGAUAUUCAACUGUGUGAUCGAAAUAGGAAAAGGGAGCAAGGUGAAAUAUGAACUUGACAAAAAAACUGGACUCAUCAAGGUUGAUCGUGUUCUUUACUCCUCAGUUGUGUAUCCCCACAACUAUGGCUUCAUCCCUCGUACUCUUUGUGAGGACAAUGAUCCCUUGGAUGUCUUAAUUAUUAUGCAGGAGCCAGUGCUUCCAGGAUGCUUUCUUAGGGCUAAAGCUAUUGGACUUAUGCCGAUGAUUGAUCAGGGUGAAAAAGAUGAUAAGAUAAUUGCUGUUUGUGCUGAUGAUCCUGAGUAUCGCCACUACAAUGAUAUCAAGGAACUCCCACCACAUCGUUUGGCUGAGAUCCGUCGCUUCUUUGAAGAUUAUAAGAAAAAUGAAAACAAAGAAGUUGCAGUUAAUGACUUCCUUCCAGCCUCUGACGCCUACAAAGCAGUUCAGCAUUCCAUGAAUCUCUAUGCUGACUACAUAGUGGAGAGCUUGAGGCGGUGAUUUCAAGCACAUACAGAAGUGUGAUUUUGAGCUCUAAUCGUCUUGUAUAAGAUAUUUACAAUAUAUAGUCUUCUGUCAUCCUUGUGUCAAUGCAUUGACCUAAAAAAUGUAUGCUUAAUUUUGUUACAUUUUCUGCAUGGAUUGGUUAUUAUAUUCUUGCGCUACAUCCAAGACGAUGACGCCAAAGUGAUCAUAGUCAA